ACUCCUGCGCAUCCGCAUUGGUUCGAGUGCCGAAAUCAUCGGGAACCGAAAGGGCGAGGAGGAAAAUUAAAGGAGGCGUCGUCGAUGGAAUCGGAGGGGGGCAGGGUGGUGGGAGAGUACUACCUGUCGCUGGUUUUUUUCUGCUUCGCCGGAGCCUUUGUGCUCCUGGCGGCUGCGCUGAAGCUGCUGCGGUCGAUGCAGUGGUGGUGCAGCUGCCCGGUGUGCGAGGCGUACGUGACGGGGUCCUGGACCGCCGCAGGGUUCGACAACCUCAGCGACUGGUACGCGCACCUGCUCCGCUGCUCCCCCACCCGGACCAUCCACAUCCACGUCCUCGGCAACAUCGUCACCGCCGACCCCGCCAACGUGGAGCACAUCCUCCGCGCCCGCUUCCCCAUCUACCCCAAGGGCAAGCCCUUCUCCGCCAUCCUCGGCGACCUCCUCGGCCGCGGCAUCUUCAACGUGGACGGCCCCGACUGGCGCUUCCAGCAGAAGCUCUCCCGCGCCGAGCUCUGCUCGCCCGCCGUCCGCCUCUUCGCCGCCCGGGUCGUCGCCGCCGAGACCCGCGCCCGCCUCCUCCCGCUCCUCGAGCGCGCCGCCGAGACCGGCGAAACCCUCGAUCUCCAGGACGUCUUCCGCCGCUUCGCCUUUGAUAACAUGUGCGCGAUCGCGUUCGGGCUCGAUCCGGGUUGUCUCCGGCUGUCGCUGCCCGCCUCGACGUUGGCCUCCGCGUUCGAUGCGGCGUCCAGGCUGUCCGCGUGGCGGGCGACCGCCACGGUGCCGUUGGUUUGGAAGGCGAAGCGGUUGCUCCGGAUCGGCUCCGAGAGGAAGCUUCGGGAAGCGAUCGGAGUGGUGAACGUGCUGGCCAACGAUCUCAUCCGCGAGAGGAGGAAGCUGGGGUCCGCCAACGGCCAGGAUCUGCUCUCGCGGUUCAUGGGCGUCGUGGCUGACGACGACGAGUACCUGCGCGACAUCGUGGUCAGCUUUCUCCUCGCGGGGCGGGACACCGUCGCCUCAGCGCUCACCAGCUUCUUCUGGCUGCUGGCGCGCCACGUGGAGGUGAGCAGCGCGAUGCGGGAGGAGAUCGAUCGCGUCCUCUCGGGUAGCGGCGGCGAGGCCGUCGUCGUGACGGCGGAUAAGAUGAGGGAGAUGCAGUACGUGCACGCGGCGAUCUUCGAAAGCAUGCGGCUCUUCCCGCCGGUGCAGUUCGACUCCAAGUUCUGCACGGCGGACGACGUGCUGCCGGACGGGACGGCGGUGCGACGAGGGACGCGGGUGACGUACCACGCCUACGCCAUGGGGCGGAUGGAGGAGCUGUGGGGGGAGGACUGCGGCGACUUCCGCCCGCAGCGCUGGCUGCGGGGCGAGGGAGGGGUCUUCGCGCCGGAGAGCGCCUACAAGUACCCGGUCUUCCAAGGCGGCUACCGCGUCUGCCUCGGCAAGGAGAUGGCCAUCAUGGAGAUGAAGACGGUGGCGGUCGCGGUGGUCCGUCGCUUCGAUUUCGAGGUGUUGGGCGGCGAAGGGCGGAAGACUCCCAAGUUCGCUCCGGGGCUCACGGCGUCGCUCGCUGGCGGGCUGCCGGUCCGAGUUCGCCGGCGCGACGGGCGGCGCAUGCCAUCGAUAGCUAGUGCGCCAAGUGUAUAGAAUUUAGGCACGUGGAAUACUGUUUACUGAUUGCAAAAUGUGGUGGAAGAAGAAAAGAAUCAUUAAAUAAUUAAAUAAUUAAAUAAUUAAAUAAAUAAAUAAAUAGAGAUGGUGUCAUGAUUCCUGCUAUUUCAAAA